AUGGCUUCCCAAACGAUUCAACCCCAUUCCCUUAUCACACCUAAAAGAUUCUCCAUUUCCGAUUCCAUCCGUUACAUCUUUCGAGAACAACGCUUGCUCUUUGUCGUCGUCGGAAUCGCCAUUGCAGCUCUCAUAUCCAAUCUCCUCCUCAUUCCUUCUCCCUUGCCAUCCCAACAGAUCUCUCACUCUAUGCACAUUGCCGAAUCCACUUCCGUACCUCGCCGGAGAGCCUACGAGCUUCAUUCCGAUCACCUCAAUCCUGGUGGGAGGAUCCCUCUUGGGUUGAAGCCCAAGAGUAUGAGGGUGUUAGUGACGGGUGGAUCCGGGUUCGUCGGAAGCCAUCUGGUGGACCGUCUGAUGGCUCGUGGCGAUAAUGUGAUCGUAGUCGAUAACUUUUUUACAGGUCGAAAAGAUAACGUACUCCAUCAUCUCAGGAACCCUAGGUUCGAGCUCAUUCGACACGACGUCGUUGAACCCAUCUUGUUAGAAGUUGAUCAAAUCUACCAUCUUGCUUGCCCUGCUUCGCCCGUUCAUUACAAAUACAACCCUGUCAAAACCAUCAAGACGAAUGUGGUGGGAACGCUGAACAUGCUAGGACUCGCAAAGAGGAUUAACGCACGAUUCUUGUUAACGAGUACGAGUGAGGUGUAUGGUGAUCCUCUUGAACACCCUCAGGUUGAAACCUAUUGGGGCAAUGUCAACCCCAUUGGCGUUAGAAGCUGUUACGAUGAAGGAAAGCGUGUUGCCGAGACCCUCACCAUGGACUAUCAUAGAGGGCUUAACAUUGAGGUUAGAAUUGCUCGGAUUUUCAACACAUACGGACCACGAAUGUGUCUUGAUGAUGGGCGUGUAGUUAGCAAUUUUGUUGCUCAGGCAUUGAGGAAGGAACCGAUGACUGUUUAUGGAGAUGGAAAGCAAACCAGGAGCUUCCAAUAUGUUUCCGACUUGGUGGAAGGAUUAAUGAGGUUGAUGGAAGGAGAACAUGUUGGACCUUUUAAUCUCGGAAACCCUGGUGAAUUCACCAUGCUUGAACUGGCCAAGGUGGUGCAAGAUACGAUCGAUCCAAAUGCAAAGAUCGAGUUCAGACCAAACACAGAAGACGAUCCACACAAGAGGAAGCCGGAUAUUUCAAGAGCGACGGAGCUUCUGGGGUGGCAGCCGGUGGUUCCCCUGCGUGAAGGACUUCCUCUGAUGGUAUCAGAUUUCCGGCAACGCAUCUUCGGAGACCUGAAAGAUGGUGAUAGCAGCACGAGUACGUUUACGUCUGUGUAA